AUGUUCCCCACCCUCGUCCGACUCUCAAAGGCGUCCCGACGCACCCUUACCCCGAAACGGGGAAACAAAGACUACUACAAGGGCACGCGCCAGGCGACUCUCCCGGGUGGACAUCGCACAGGCGCACCUGGAAAGCAUGUUAUAGGCGGAAAGGCGAAGUACCGUCUGAUUGACGAGCAAGUGCGGUUCUUUGUCGCACCGCCAAUCGAGGAGAUUGAAAACUCGCGAUUGCGACCAUACGUUGCGGUCGGUUUCAGAUUGAAGGAUGUACAACAGGAGUCAUGA